GUGGGGACCGAGCUCUAGAGAGGGGGACCAAUAAUAUGUCAUCGGAAGACGAGACUGAGUUCGGCCUGUACGCAGAUAAACUCCUGAAGAAAACGAAAAGAACCAGACAGCGCGUGGACGCCGGCGAGCCGCGUAACUCUUACUCAUCGAUACCGAACUUCAGCUCGAGACCGGCUUUUCUCGGCGGCACCGGUCCCAACCUGUACGGCGCCAUUUUCAGCCAGCAGCAACAGUUCGGCCUGUUCGGGCCGGGCUUCGCCCCCAAGAUGCUCAACGAGCUGUUGGCCAGACAGAAGCCCGAGAACCUCAGCGCCGGCGAGGAGGAGAAGUUUGACCAAGUGAUGAACGGGAGUGUGGGCAGCCCUCCAACGGGGGAACAACUUGCGCAUCACAUGCUCAGGGACAUCCUGCAAGGUAGGCGGAACUCGUUUUUACGCGCCGAACAGUGGUUUAGUGUUAGUGAUCUUGGUGUGGACGUGGCAGGCGGUCUGGACGCUGGACGUACAGGUCGAAAGCACGAGCUCCUAGCCCUGGAGCAGGACAUGCGCACCGGGCAGGAUCACAUAAACAACAACAACAACGAAACCAAGUCCAGUCCUGACGAUAGGAACGACGCAGAUUCGGUGAAAGACUCUCUCAAUGAGGCGGGACCUCAAUCGGAACUGAUGGAGGAGGCACUUAACGGUAUGGAGACCGAGUCACUGCCUUCGCCGAAGGUUGAACCCUCGAGUCCCGCCAAACCGGAGGAUGCGAAAAAGGCGCGGGUCGAGAACAUUGUGUCCAACAUGAGGUCCAGUCCGGCACCGCCGCAGGUCAACGGGUGCAAGAAAAGGAAAUUGUAUCAACCGCAGCAACACGAUAUCAAGGCGGAAAGGUAUAUGGACGAGGAAGAAGAAGAGAUCGAACCGAUCCGACAGAAACGAGUAGAGAAAUCCAUGCUAAAAUCCCAACUCAGGUCAAUGCAAGAACAACUCGCCGAGAUGCAACAAAAAUACAUGCAGCUAUGCACCCGAGUCGAACAAGGCUCGGAAGAGUCGCAGGAAAUCGAGGAAAUCCCGAGUGACAGCGAACAGAGCACCAAACGAUCGGCACCACCCUCGCCUGCGGCUACAAGCACACCGACUCCAGUACCCCAACCACCGACAAUAUCCCAGGAAGUGAGCAAACUGAAAACGAGUCCGCCAGGACCGCCGUUUCACAACGGGUUCCUCCACAACCCGCACCAACACAUGAGCAACGCCGCCGCGAUGUACCUGGGCGUGAGCCACAAACUCCUGAUGGAACAGGAGGCCAGGAUGGCCAAGGAAGCGGCCGCCGCAGCUUCAGAACAGCAGCAACAGCAACAGCAAUUACCUCCGAAAGCAGACCAAAUCACCGAACGACUGAACAUGAUGCGGAGCAUCAAUCCCACGGGUAGCGAUCUAGAAGGGCUCGCGGAUGCUUUGAAGACCGAGAUUACGGCGAGCUUGUCCAAUUUGAUCGACUCGAUACUCCAUCGAUUCGUGCAUCAAAAAAGGUGUAAGCAGCAAGACGCGGCGACCGCAGCUGAGCAGCUCAACAAAGACCUCCUGAUGGCGUCGCAGCUCUUGGACAGGAAAUCGCCCAGGACGAAAGUGGCGGAACGGCCGCAAGGUCCGCAACCGAUGCACAACCAUCAAAACCAAAUGGUAAACGGGAACGGACCGAUGAUGCCGGUACACAGUAUGCAGAAACCGUCAGAUCUGCACGUCAGACCUCCGAUGUUUCAGACUCCGAAACCGCCCGGGAUCAGUGCUCCGCUCUACGGAAUGAACCAUCCGUUUUGCGUUUCGAAACAAGACACUCCUGAGCAGAACGAGGCGUUGAGUUUGGUUGUGGCGCCGAAGAAGAAGAGGCAUAAGGUGACAGAUACUAGGAUCACCCCUAGAACGGUGAGCCGCAUCCUGGGUCAAGAAGGCAUGGGCAUGUCACCUGCACAAGCCGCGGCUGCCCAGGCCCAGAUGGAACAACAGCAAUCGAACUGCCCAUCUCCAAGACCUCCUCCUUACCAUCAACCGCCGCCUAUGAUGCCCGUCUCGCUACCCACCUCGGUCGCUAUCCCGAACCCGGGCUUGCACGAGUCCCAGGUGUUCAGCCCCUAUAGCCCCUUCUUUCAUGGGGCUGGACAUGGACACCAUAUGGCCAUGCAAGUAAGUCGACGAUAUAUUUUCCAAGUAGAAUAG